AUGGAGGAGUUUGAGGCACCGACUCCGAUCGACUGUCUGUGCCACACACCCUCGGUCCUGGCAGCGGGAGGAUAUCUGUUUGACGAGGGAGUGAGAAGUGGAAAGAUACAUCUUUACAGCCUCGAGAGCAUGAAGAUGUUGGAGGAGUUUGAAACAUCUGGGACUCUUGAUAUUAAGAUAAGGGGGCAGAUCCUGUAUUCUGCAAAUUCCGGUGAUGUUUCAGCAGUGCAUCUGAACGGUCUGAGCUCUGUGAAGAUAAACACGGUAGAUAUCAAUACAUAUAUAGAGCUUGUGGGUGACAAAGUGUUUGUUUCCGAUGUUCGGGGAAGGAUUAGUGUGUACGGAACGGAGAUGGUGCUUCUGAAGACUGUUGAGGUUGCCGAGGCGCCCAUCUGGGUUCUGAAGGCCAGUGACAAGGAAUUGAUGUAUGGAUCUGAAGAUGGGUCGUUGAGUUUUAUGGACAUACGGACAUGGUCUGAGCACCAUAAAAUGAAAAGAGCUUCCGGGGUUACAUCCAUAUACGAGAGUGACGAAUAUGUGUAUGUUGGGGCAUAUGAUGAAUGUAUAGAAGUUGUUGAUAAGAGGAUGUAUAAGCCGGUGAAGAAGGCAAAGAUCGGAGGAGGUGUAUGGAGAAUCUGCAGGGCGAAGGAGAUAUUCUAUCUAUCUUGUAUGUAUGAAGGAGUGAAGAUAUGCGACUCAGAACUGAAGGUUUUGAAAAGAUUUCCAACGGAUUCCAUUGCGUACGGGCUAACUGUUACUAGUGACAGGGUUUUUUUUGCAUCUUUCUACGACAAAAAGAUAUACAGACUUGGGCUACAUGGUUCUGGAGAGCCACAAAUGUAA